ACACAAACCGGAAGCACACGCGGCGUUGGGAUGUCUUUUCUACGUAGCCUCAGAACGGAAUCGACGUACGCCAGACAUCUUGCGUAAAAAUCCACAACAAACAUGGCGGACGAUCACACAGAUGCAGAUCAGUCCAUGGAGGGACACACACCUGUGUCUGAAAACCCGCACGCAGAGUACGGCCUGACGGAAAACAUCCAGAGGACGGUGGAGAACGAGAAGGCGAGCGCAGAGAAGAUCUCGAAGCAGAAGGUGGAUCUGCAGGCGCUGCCGACCAGAGCGUACCUGGACCAGACGGUGGUCCCCAUCCUGCUGCAGGGCCUGUCGGUGCUCGCCAAAGACAGACCUCCGAACCCCAUCGAGUAUCUGGCAGCGUUCCUGCUGAAGAACAAAUCCCAGUUUGAAGAGAGAAAUUAGACUCGUCUGCAUCUGAAAUCAUUUCAUACCGUAGAAACUCGUGUGUUUGUUAAUGAACUGCUAGACUGUUUUUUUUUUAAUCCGGAUUAAACAUGUUGAUGUGAAAGACGA